AUGCGAGGUCCGAGUGUUCUUAACGCCAAAAGCCUGAGUCCACAAUGGGAACGAUGGUGGCAGCUCAACUACGUCAAAUUCCUCAAGAAUCAGAAGACCGCCUUCUUGGCCUCUUCUUCGCUGACUGACCUUGUGGGUCGAGGGAUCUCCGGGGACUUCUCUGAGGUCGUUGUGGCGCUUCUUCUCACCGACCGCGACUUUCAAGCACUGGAUGAGACGAUGAAAAGGAUCGAUCAAAGGCGUUAUCACUGGCUCCUGUUGUGCUCCUUCCCUUGCCUCUCCAAGAUAAAGGUGGUCUACCUUCCUCUUGACAACCAGGCAGUCGUAGCAGUUCUGUCUUCCGUGAGCUCUAACGCCGAAGUCGGCUUGUGGGACGUAUACCAGCCGGCGUGGCACCUUCCUCAGCGAGCGUCCCUUGUGGGUCGCUGGACGCCCCGCCGCGGCUCAGAAAUCGCCAGCGAGGCGCCAGGCCCCUUCAGGGAGCCCUGGGCGAGGAGAACCAACCUCUCGGGUCUCGUGGUCAGAUGCUACACCAUGGAGUCGCCUCCGACCACAUAUCUCUGGGACAAUGCCGAUGGGAGCGUCAACAUCACAGGAAUCUACGGUGAACUCUGGGACGCUUUAAAAGAGACACUCAGCUUCACUGGCCGGUGCGAGCGGUCUCCCGACGGGACGUGGGGCACCUUCCGCGACGGCGCUUGGACGGGGAUGCUCGGGCAGCUGCUCAAGGGGGAGGGCGACGUGGCCUUGGCGCCCUUGGACAGGACGUAUCCGAGGUCGCAGGUCGUCUCCUUUGUGUUUGACCUCUCGAGAGAAUGGUAUGUCCUUGUCAUCCGACGACCUGUGGGAUCGAGUAGCGUAUGGGACAACUACCUCAGGGAAUUCACGCCCUCGGCAUGGGCAGCGGUGGGCGGGUUCCUGCUCGUGACGUCACUCUGUCUGGUGGGCGUGACGAGAUUCUCUCCGGGGAAAAAACGCCCCUUUUCCCUUAGCCCCCCCCCGAAAGAUUCCAUAACAAAAGCAAAUCAGCGUAUUCAAAAAUGGUCCGGUUACAAUUCUACCGACUUUUCCCCAUUGACUCUCACGGUGAACAAGCUCACUUUGCCCUUCGAGAACCUGCAAGAGCUCUACGAGAGGAGAACUUUCUCCUUUGGCUUCAGCGGCGGUGGAGCUCUCGACAAUUUCUUUAAGCUGAUCCUCCCGCGGCCGGAGAACCUCAAGCCCUCAUGGCUAGGACUGCAGCAGGUAUUAGAGGAGCGCCACGCCUACUAA